AUGCAACCUUUCACAUGUUUCAUGGCAUCCCUUUUAGUUUUAGCCACCGUCUCCGCGACUCCAAGACUCAGAUUAGAAACCGAUUCCGACACCGAUUUCAUCAAGGCGUCAUGUGAAGCCACAAGGUACGCCGACUUGUGCUUCAAAACCCUGUCCCCGUUUGCGACCACUGUCCAAUCGAGCCAAAUGCAACUGGCGAAUCUGGCGCUGAGUGUGAGCUUGAAGAGUGCUAAAUCGACGUCGAAAGCCGUGAAGGAGCUGUUGAAAGGGCGGGAUGUGAGUAUGCAGGACGGGAUGGCGGUGGAGGACUGUUUGGAGAAUAUGAGUGAUUCGGUGGAUGAGAUGCGGAAAUCGGUGGCGGAAAUGAAGGGAUUGGAUGGGCCGGAUUUUGAAGAGAAAAUGGGGAACGUGAAGACGUGGGUAAGUGCUGCGUUGACAGAUGAAAAUACAUGUAUGGAUGGAUUUGAAGAAAAUGUUGGGAAGAUGAAGGAGACGAUUAGAGGGUAUAUAGUAAAUGUUGCAGAGUUAACAAGCAAUGCUUUGGCUCUCAUUAGUAAUAUUUCUUAG